CCGGAAGUAAAAUGAUCUAAUCUGUUGCUCACGAAACAGUGUUGUUUCUGUUUUGAUUAAUCAUUAGGUUACGACUGAAACAGAAACGAGGGUUUACGAACAGUAAUUUUAUUCAACCUCUGGCAGAAGCUGUUUAGUGCUGAAAAUAUCUCAAAUCUGUUUUACGUUUCUGUUUUAGCGUAUUAACUGGCUGGUGUUUUGAUCCAUCUCGUGGUUCAGGUCACGUUACAUAUAACCUGUCAGCAUGUCUUACGCCGGGGCAGUGUGGCUUGCUGUUCAGGAGGACUUAUACAGAGGUGUGUGUAGCGAACCGACUCCUAAAAUUCUUAACAGCGACAGCAGCAGCAAUAGCAUGGAACCCCGCGCAACAGACAAGCUCAGCCACGAGUCAAUAAGCCGCCUGGAUAUUUUCGAUGAUUACUUUUUGUCACAGUGUUUUCACUUCACUCGCCAGUGUCUAACUUUUAUUGUGGACUGCAUUAAAGCGCGCAUGAAAAAAGACGUGUUUAGACCCAGUAGCGACGCCACUUCGAUUGAAGCAAUGACACUUGCGGCACUAUAUUUCUACGCGCACGGUUUCCUCCCCAGGAAAAUCACAGCCGCAUUGGGAUUGGAGCACGCAAGUGCAAACGACGCCGUCAACACCGUGUCUAAGGUGUUGGAAGACAUGUGCACGGACUUCAUCACUUUCCCCGGCACUUACGACGAUCGUACGGGCGUUGCACAGGGGUUUAAAUAUAUAAGUGGCAUUCCAAACGUGGUGGGUGUUUUGGGUUGGUUACAUGUCCAUGUGAACCCUUCACCGGCUGAAGAGAGUCUUUUCCUUAACACCAGGGGUUACCAUUCAGUAAUGGUCCAGAUCAUAAGUGACGUGGAUGGAAAUCUACUGAGUGUGUAGCAGUGUUGUCCUGGGGGGACGCAGGAACAGGCCGUUUGGGAAAGCUCAUAUAUUUGUCAGGAGUUUAACAGACUUCAGCAUGGUCAGACCUGGGUCCUGGGUGGUAAAGGUCUGUGUAAAGCUAAACAUGUGCUGAGCCCUGUGGAAAGUUCCCGGAUCAAGACCGAUGCAGCCAGACGUUUCAACACAGCUCAUUCUCAGGUUUGGAAAUCGACUCAACUUGUCUUAGGCUGUUUGAAAACCCGCUUCCAGUGCUUGCACAAUCUUGGAGCUGUUCUGGUUGAUAAUCUCAAGCCCGUAGCUCGCACGAUCACUGCUUGCUGUGUUCUCCACAACAUCUCAAAAAAAUUUUCAGUGCCAUUACCCGGCAAACUGGUUCUAGAGCAUUUACACCCAGAUCCAGAGAUGAAGCAAGGGGAACAGGAGAACUUUGUUGACACAGAAGAGGCAAUAGAAGACAUGAUAGAGAUGUGUUUUGGGAAUUCUGGGGAUGAAGAGGAGCAAGAAGAAAUGAAAACCAUUGAGGACAUUCAGAAGAGGCACAAACAAAAUGAAAGUUCAUCAAGGUAUGAAUGAAUGAAUUGAAUGAAUUCUGGCUGAACAACACUGACUGGAGGCCCAUGCCAAUUAGAAAGAUUCAGGUGAUGGACUAUUAGCAAGUUAUUGUUAUUCAUUCGUAUAAUCCCAACAAUUAUUAUGUUUUUCAUAACAGACUUGUGAUUUGAUGACAUAAUGCUUAUUCAUUCAGAAACAGGAGUAACUAAAUACAAAAAUGCUACUUUCAAUUUAACUCUGACAGCAUGCUUUCAGUUGAUGCACACCCCAUUUAUAUUUUUGAUGAGUUGCAGAGAUAUUCAAGACAACUAUAUUAUAUAUUUUAAAUUUAAUAUAUAAAAUUGUUUCAUUCACAAGUGUCAUGUUUGUGAUUUUUAUUCGUUGUGUAGAAUAUUUAGAUCAAGCAAUUCCCAUAAAUAGGUGGAUUUUUAUAGCCUACCAUUUAAUUUUCCAGUUUAACUUUUAUUUAAUUGUAGAUGAAAAAAUAAAGGAAUGCUUUGUAACAUUAUUUUACAUUGACUCAAAUCACUGCCUAUUCCAAAUGCAGUUUGACUUUUUCGAUCUUCAGAACAUUGAACGAAUAUUGUUCAUUCUAGAGGAAAAAAAUUUACUAUAUUGUUUGCAAUUUUAUAAUAGGUCUGAUAAUUGGCAACUGAUCAUUUCUUACUGACCUAUUUCACUGUCAAACCAGUUACAGUUGUGACCAAAUUUUGUUUUUUCUUUAAGUUAGUGAAAGUACCACUAACUUUUUUUUUUUAAGAAAAGGAAUGCAGUUUGUUUAAUUGGGCAAUCCAGGGAGUAAAAUACAUAUGCUCACGUACCGCAGCUUCAAUAGCUUUCACAUGCAAAUGUACUAGGUGAUUAAUAAGCAAUUAUCAUCUUUAAGUAAUCUUUCUUUUGCCUCAUCAACUUGAAGGGGAGGAGCAGAAGCAUAAAACGGAGAGUCAUAUAAAUUCUUUCCAGGUCAAGUUAUUUGUACGUAUUUGCAGUCUAUGACAUCGCAGUGGAGGCAAAAGCAUUUUACUCAAUGAGAAGCACUUCUGAGAGGUGAUAAUAGUUGGGUGGAAGGGGAGAUCCAUGGGUCAAUAAGUAACUGGCGAACAAGUUGCAGGAUUCAUCCUCUUCAAAAACACAAAGAAUUUUUUGUUGCUGAACCCAAUCCUAUGGAAGCCCUAAGCGGCCAUGCAUUAUUAUUUUUUUCCUUGCCUUUAUCCUUUCUGCAGCAAGGGUCCCACAACUUGUAUACAUGGUAUAAUUUUUGGGUAUAAAAAGUGUAUCUUAGAGAAGCAGAGUCUCUCAGAAUUAAAGAUGGGCAGAGGUUCACCAAUCUUUUUUGAGACGCGUUGCUGCCAUCAAAUUCAAAAUUACCUUAUUUUUCCAUUACAAAUGGUACAUUUUCUCAGUGUAAACAGUUGAUAUGAUCUCUUGUGAAUAAAAUAUGGGUUUAUGAGAUUUGCAAAUCAUUGCAUUCUGUUUUUAUUUACAGUUUACACAUCUUUUAUAUGUUGAUGCUGACAGUUGUUGUGCCUUCCUCAUUUUUUUUAUUUUUUAUCUGGAACCCCCCACAGAUGCCUUUUCUUUCAGCAGAGGGAAAAUUUGAAAUUAUGGCCCUGUGCCAUGCAUGGGGUUUAUUCAUGUAAAAAAUCCGGUUGCUGGUGCUGCCAACCUUAUGGGGGUCUGCAAGUAGAGUCUCUGGAUUUUCUGUAAGUCUCUUGUUUUUGUAAACUUUUCGUGCAGUUUCAUUUGAAAUAUAUUUUGGGUAGUUCAGUUUAAUGGCCUCCACACUUUGGGUUUGUGUGGGCCUAGGUUUAUGGGCCAUUUGCACUUGUACUUGGGGUUGGGUGUGGAUAAUUACUGUUAUUACUCGCUUCUUCCCCCUCUCCAAGGCCACUAAAAAUCAAUACAGCUGACUUAUAAAGACAUGAGAUGAAAAUAAUGGCACAUACAUAUUACUAAUAUAAUACAUAUAUUACACUUUUUUAAAAAUAUACUGAUGACUAAAUCGGGGGGGGGGGCAGAUGCUCAAGUGGGGAGGAAAAGGGCACCCCUCUCAAUUAUUUAUAAAAACUUAGUUACAUAUUGUAGAACAUCUAUUAAUUGCUUACAUAUUUAUUUAUUUUAAUACUCAUGCAGAUGUUUAAUACGCAAUAGAUUUCUGUAAAAUAGCCAAUUCACAAAGACAAUGGUCUUAAGUAUUCACUAUUUCUACAUAUGCACAUACAAUCAAUGUUGUGUAUCAGUGACAGAAAUAAACUUUUCCAUUAAGGGAUGAUAUCUGUCCCCUUAAAUUUAUUUCAAGGGGCAUUUUUUUUUUUACCUUUAUAAGAGCAAUUUAUGCAUCAUCUUUCAUGUCAAAUUCUUAAAUUUAAUCAAUAAAUGCAUUUAUAAUAUGAUGUGUUUCAGGCAUGAUCUCUGUCUCAAUUCUGAAGGUCUCUGUUUGUGUCAUGAUUUACCGGAACUAAAUUGUUUUGUGUUCUUGGUAUGUGCUGUUAUGAGCAUUCCUAAUCACCCUGCCUUUCGUCCUCACUCACUCUCACGUUUCUUCUACUUCUCUUAUUAUCUGGUAGACUACACGUCUUGUAGAGCUUAUAUCACUCAAACAUACGUAAUAGAUGUUUUGAUUUGAUCAAUUCUAAUAUAAUUCUUGAUCAAUAUUUCUGUGUGUAUAUAUACUAUGCUUUCUGUAUCAUUAAACUAAGAACCUUUAACUGAA